AUGUCAUCCCAAAUCUCAAUCCAUUUCCACACCAAAACAUGGUUCGGCUUCGACCUCGACGACACACUCCACGACUUCCGCGCCGCCUCAAGCCAAGCCUCAACGGCCGUGUUUGAAAGAAUCCACUCCUUAACAAGUGUAAAUAUAUCCGCUCUCGAAACUACAUACACCGAGAUCCUACGCACAUCCACAGCCAGCGCAUUCACCGAAGGACGCUUAUCAGCCGAGUAUCGGCGCGAGCGGUUCUCUCGUCUCCUGCAGGCCCACGGCGUGGCUCAGGCUGUUAAUGUUGAAUCUCUGCUGGAUACGUAUCAGACUUCGCUAAGGAGGCAUCUCAAGCUUAAACCUGGAGCACAGUCCCUUCUACGGACGCUGCAUGACCAAGGGAAAAAGAUCUUGAUUGUUACGGAGGGGCCGCAGGAUGCGCAGGUGUGGGCGUUGCAGGAGCUAGGGUUGACGCCGUGGGUGGAUGUGCUGGUUACGACGAAUGAGAUGCGGAGGUCCAAGGUUGAUGGGUUGUUUCAAGCUGUUUUGGAGAAGCAUGCUAUUCCUGCAUCGGAGAUGGUUUAUUUUGGGGAUAAUCUGGCGCGGGAUAUCGUCCCCGCUAGAGAGCUGGGCAUCUCGGCUGUGCUGUUUGACGAGAGGCAGAAGGCGAAGCUGGAUGAUUUGAGUGAUUUGCGGGUUGAUUCUUGGGGGAAAGUCCAGGAACUCAUAGUAGAAUAUCGCACAGAUCAGGAUAUAUUGUAG